AUGCUGCUUAAACCUUGCAGCAACAGACAUAUCUCCUUGUCUGCUGGCCUUGCCAUGAUCAACAACUUGAAUUCAGUCAUCGAGUCCUUGGAGUUGGAAACAGCAUUCUGCCACCCGGGGCACGAAGGAGAAAAUCGCCCAGUCCAACGAUCUCGUGAAUUUGGUGCACGAGGUGAGCCCUGCUACAGGAUCAUCAGGGAGUACCUGGUUCUUAAAGUCGAAGCCUUGAUGGGUUGUGUGAGCUCAUCGAAGGGCGAACGUACGAAUGUUGCCAACUUCGCCGAGGCUCUGGACCAUGCAGAGCUCAAGUUGUUCAAGCAAAUUGAUGCCGCGUGCUUCUGCAAGCUGCUCGUCAAUGCGCAAUCUUUCCCCACCUGCAUGCCAAACAUCAGAGGAUCGGCUGUCUUUGGGAAGGACGGGGGCUGUCCCUUCGGUUCCUUCGAUUUGCUCCACAUGCAAGAGAAAUUGCAGCCGCCCAUGCCAGAGUCGGAGCAACAGUUCAUGCGCGUGCAUAAGAACAGUGUAGUGAGCUGGUUCGACAACACGAGUUCAACACUUGCUCGCACUUGGGUUUGCAGGCUCUUUACAAGCAUGUUGCGACUGGGUCCAACGGGAGAGAGGAACUUCUGGAACUGCAUAUAUGUUCGCCGCCAUCAUGAGCAAGGACACUCAGCCGGAAAUUCGUCCUCCACCGACGUGGAAUACUACCAGCAGAAGCAUUCUGAGUGCGAUUUAGCCCGGGGUCCAGCGGACCAAGGAGGCACCAGUGAUCGCCUUUGGGACGCAUUGUGCCGACAUUGCUGCUUCUUGCUGUCAUCGUCGAUUUGCUCGGAGACGUCUGGAAAGAUGCAGCAUUCGGGACGUUCGGAAGUUCCCUACUGUAUGAUUUUGCUGUUCACGGAAGAUUUCCACGAGUGGCGCCGUUGCUUCUUGCAAUAUCUGGACAAGCCACCCGACGAUGCAAAGACGAAGCUCGUUCGAAUUUUUUAUGGUGAGACACCCAGGGUUCAUGCAUCGUUCCUUCUUAAGCUAUGCGACGAGGUCCAGAAGGCAGCAGAGUCCAUAUUCGGUGUGUCGUGGCUUUGGGCCGACCGUGCCGCGUCCAUAGGAGCAGCAUUUACGCUGGUCGAAGGAACCCCGAAUUCUUUGGUCUCGCCGCCAAGUCGUCCUUUGAUGAAGAAGAGCUGCUGCGGGCGCUAG